AUGGACGCAGUAGAGGGAGGAGCAUUCCUCUCUCUCGAUGUUGCAGGAGCUAAAGUGCUCAUCGACAAGAUUGCUUCCAACAAGAGUUGGAAAGGAGAUAGGCAGCUAGCUCAUGCAAAAGGAAUACAUGAAAUCGACAGUGUCAAUGUGCUGGCAGCCAAGAUGGAUCUUCUCAUGGAAAAGCUAGAAUCUCCACACCAGGAGGUUAACCAGACUAUGGAGCCUCAGAUGAAAUGUGAGAAAUGUGGUAAUACUGGACACUCGGGCAAAUCUUGCCCAUUCACUCAAGAGGACGAGAACUCCAUUGGGAACAACACUCCCAAUGACUCAGACUGUCGUCCUCAGCAAGGUUGGAAUUCUAAGCCCAACCUCCACUUCGACCAACAGCAAGAAACUAAAGUAACUCAGCUGGCCUCAUCCUGCCUUAACCACGACACGGGGAAGCUCUCCGGGCAACCGGAAGUGACCCCGAAAGAAAUUGUGAGUGCGGUAGCUGUGCGGGUUCUCACGUACGCCAAGUAUCUCAAGGAUAUCCUUGGCAAUAAGAGGGUCCUGCCGAUCACCGAGGUCGUGCAUCUUACAGAUGAGUGUAGCACAGCUAUACUCAAUCCUUUAUUGGAGAAGAAGAAGAAUCCAGGAUGCCCCACCAUCACAUGUUCCAUCAGAGCUCAACACUUUAAGCACGCUCUUUGUGAUCUGCGAGCAAGCAUCAGCGUCAUGUCAAAGCUAGCAGACCAAUCAGUUCGUCAUCUCGCGGGGAUCACCAAGGAUAUUCCAAUGAAAAUACGGAAUUUCUUUGUCCCUAUUGAUUUUGUCAUUCUCGACAUGGAAAUCAACACUGAGAUCCCUCUCAUAUCGGGGAGGCCAUUCUUGAGCAUGACAACUGCACACAUUGAUUCGGGAAUCGGAGUAAUCCAACUCAACAUCAAUGGACAGAAGGAGAGAUUUGGUUUCAGACCGAAGGAUGAACAAUGCUCACAGAUCAAAAGUUUCAAAUGGAAGGAAUCCGUAAAAGAGCUGGAGAAGCCAUAUUUCCUUAUUGAAUUCGUGGAGAAUCUUCAAACUCGAGAGGAGAUUAAGGCGUAUAACCAACGGAACGCAAAGCGGAAUAUCCAACAUAAGAUUUUUCUGGAAUUUGGAAAGAAAGAGAUCAAAGUAACUCUGCCUACACAGAAGGUGUAG